GGGAGAGGCACAGCAGGAAGUCGCUUCUGGUUCCUGGGUUAAGGCGCCCAGGCAGGAGCGAGCGCCCUGUGCCGGGAGCGGCCGCGGGCUCCGUGAGGCGCUCGUCUGUUAACUUGACCAUCUUUCCAGGGAUGAAACAACAUUGGGAAUUAUGGACAAAAACAUUGGAGAGCAGCUUAACAGAGCUUAUGAAGCCUUUCGACAAGCAUGCAUGGAGAGGGACCAUGCUGUGAAAGAACUCCAGCAAAAAACAGAAAACUACAUGCAGCAAAUACGUGAACAGCAGGAAAAGAUAGAGCUUCAAAACAGCAUUAUUGCAAAACUGAAAUCACAGUUGGCUGCUCUGAAUGCUAAUAGAGGCAAUGUGCAUCCUUACAUUCUGAUGCAUGAAGACAUUGAAACAUCCAACUUACCUUUCAGCCAGCUCUCUGAAAACCUGAGCAUAGCAAAGCAAAGAGAAAAACUCCUAAAGGAACAGUUAGACAGUGAGAGCAUGAAAUUGAAGCAACUUGAGGACAAAAGCAAUCAAAAGGAAAGGAAGCUUUUAUCUAUUAUUUCCAAUCAAGAUGAUAAAAUCAGAAAUCUGGAAAGCAAAUUGCAAGAAUUAAAUGAAGCACAAAAGGGUAUACAGAUGCCAACGUAUAAAAGGGAGGUGAAAAGUAAGAGAGUUGUUCCAGAUAAGCCUGAAUUAUCUCUAGGGAUCUCUGGUAUUUCACCUGAAAGAGAGAAUCUGGAGACUAUUUUCCAGGACAUGAAAGAAGAGUGUCAUCGAAUAUGUAUGCUAGCCAGAGAACAAACAGACCAACUGAGUAUAUUUAAGAUAAAGCCAGAACCUGAAACUGAAAUACAGUUUUCCAUGCCGAUACAGUGCACUGAUAAAACUGAUGAACAAGCAGAAGAGCUUUUUAAGCCUCGGGUUAUAGAGGAUAUAAAUAGAGGUGCAUCAUGCAUCACAUCUAUCACACCAAGAGGAGUGGGCCAAGAUGAGGACAACAACUCUGUAGAAUCACUUUCUAAAUUUAAUGUCAAGUUUCCACCUACAGACAAUGACUCUGCUUUCUUGCAGAGCACUCAGGAAAAACCAACAGUUCCUUGUACUGGUAUAUCUGAAAACAUGCUUCAAGAUCAUCAUUUUAACCUGGAGCACAGAGACCGUGCUAUUAACCUCAGUAAAUUGGAACCUAACUCAUUUGAAGCUCAUGGCAUUGAUCUCAUGACCUCAGCUUUACAAAGCUUGACUACUGUUGACAAAACAAACCCCUCAGAUCAUGCAAAGAUGCCCAUAGAAAAGAUCUGUGACAAACCAGGUUUAAAAACAACAGACAGUGGUUUCGCAUUUGUACCUAAGCACACAAUCCAGGGUGUACCUGAAGUAAUUUUUUCUUUAGAAGCUGCUGGAACAACUGUCAGAGGUCCUCAUCAGCCCAUUUGGCAGCCUCAAGACAAUGAUUUGCUGGCACAAACAUAUGCAGACUCUGAACCGAAUCAGUGUGGAAUAUGUGAAUUCUGUCGAGAAGUUUUCCCACCAUCUCUAACAUCUAAGGAAGAUUUUCUUCGGCAUCUCAAUUCCCACUUUAAAGUACAGUCUUAAUGUAUGAGAAUUCAAUGGUUCACUGUUUUUGCAUACAUUUAUACAUUUUUUUAUUCAAUAGAUGUAAGAGUUUAAGAAUUAAGACUUCUUGUAACAAGAACUCAUGACUGAAAUUGUUUGUCACAUAAGCACAUUUGUGAUUGUCUUUUGAUAAGGCAAAAUGAAACUAAGUCACUCAGUACUGUGAUUCACAUUAUUGCUUGUUAUGCUUCACUAUUAACUUUGAGAGUGAUGUCAAACACUUUUUUUUUUU